GUGGAACCCUCCCCACGGUGACGCGUCCGGGUUGUCAUGAAGCUGAGCUCUGUCGCAGCAUGUGGCGAGUCAUAGUGACGUCACUCCGCCGAGUGGUUCAGCCUGUCAGGCCGGUUGGUUCCCGAGUGGUCAGCGGCGCCUCUGGAAGUGACGUCAUGGACCUAGGUUCUAUGCGGAAGCGUUACCGUAGUGAUAAUGAGGCCUUUGAAGAAAAACACUUGGUUUCCCUUGAUCCUAUCAUACAGUUUAAUGCCUGGUUCCAAGAGGUCACUCAGUGCCCUGCCAUCGAAGAGCCGAAUGCUAUGUGCCUAGCCACAGCUACCAGAGACGGAAGGCCUUCGGCCCGCAUGGUCCUCCUCAAAGGCUUUGGCCCAGAUGGAUUCCGAUUUUACACCAAUCGGGAGAGCAGAAAAGGGCUAGAACUGGAGACCAACCCUGUUGCAUCACUGCUGUUCUACUGGGAGCCCUUCAACCGCCAGGUUCGGAUUGAAGGCUCUAUUGAAUGCCUUUCUGAAGAAGAGUCUGAGAAGUAUUUUCACUCGCGUCCAAAAAGCAGCCAGAUUGGGGCAGCUGUAAGCAAACAGAGCCAAGUCAUCCCUGACAGGGAGUAUCUGCGCCAAAAGAAUGCUGAACUGGAGGCGGAAUACAAGGACAGAGAAGUGCCCAAACCUCCUGAGUGGGGUGGUUAUGUUGUUCAUCCAACUGUCAUAGAAUUCUGGCAGGGACAGACCAAUCGCCUCCAUGACCGUAUUGUGUUUCACAAGCAGGAGAAAGAUGAAGAGCUAGCUCUGUGGACUCACCGUGGAGAAGGGGGUUGGGUGUACAAGAGGCUUGCCCCAUAACCUCAGAGAAUGGAGCCUCGGUGUAUGAGUUGUACAUGUCUUAAAGCAAUGAGUCUCAAUAAUGUUGCCAAUCAUCAUUUCUACCUCUAGACCCCAUUUGUUGGCGUCCGCCAUGAAUUUUCUGCAGCACAUUAUUGCCUUGGGAAAUGUGUUUGAGGUGCAGCAUGGCUAUUGGUGCUCAGUGGGCUCUCGUAAUACUGCGUCUGUUUCCUCUAGGCGUUCGUUAGUGACUGUGUGUCUGUAACUUGUAAUGGAACCUUCAGAUUGCAGAAAUAAUCUGUGCUGCUGUGUUGAUAAUUUGGUGCCUCUAAUGCAGGGAUCCCCAACCUUUUUUACCCGUGAGCCACAUUUAGGUGUAAAAACACUUGGGGAGCAACACGAGCAUGAAACAUGUACCUGGGGGUGCCAACUAAGGACUGUUAUUGGCUACUUGGCAGCCCCUAUGUGGACUGGCAGCCUAUAGGAGACUCUGUUUGGCAGUACACCUGGUUUUAUGCCUCCAAAACUUGCCUCCAAGCCAAGAAUUCAAAAAUAAGCACUUGCUUUAAGGCCACUGGGAGCAACAUCCAAAGGGUUGGAGAGCAACAUGUCGCUCACGAGCCACUGGUUGGGGAUCACUGAUCUAAUGUAUAGUAGUAAGUGAAUUUUAUCAAAUAAAAUAUAUUGUCAUUGUAAAGUUUUACUUUUAAUUGCUAAUAAAUUAUGUCACUGCCA